GGAGCUUUGGAAAUGAACGAGGAUCACUAAACCGCAUAUUCCGAGAUGACGAGCUGUGUAUAAGAUGAGCACGAUGGACCAGUUCUUUGAGGGCCUCUCUCUUCCCUCUGUAACUCAAGACUGGUCUCUUGUCACUCAUUAGGCUUUAAUUUUCGUCUUUCGUCUUUCUUUUUUUCCCCUUUACUUUACUGCUCUCCGACAAACUCGACAUACAUUCUUUAAACCAUCACAAUGAGAAUCAGCAAAUUGAUCAUGGCCGCCAGCGCUGCUGGUCUGGUUAGCGCUCUGCCCGUACGCGAGAUGGCCAAAAAGCGCUCUUCUGGAUUUACCUGGGUCGGUGUCAAUGAAUCUGGUGCGGAAUUUGGUAGCAGCAUCCCCGGAACGCUGGGUACCGACUACACAUGGCCCGAUACCUCCAAGAUUCAGACUCUGCGCGAUGCGGGUAUGAACAUCUUCCGUGUCCCAUUUUUGAUGGAGCGUCUGGUGCCGAGCUCCAUGACCGGCACACCGGAUGCCACUUACCUGAGCGACCUGAAGAAGGUAGGGCCGAGCCAUUUGCUUGACGUGAUGAGAUGCUAAUAUUCGGCGAUAGACCGUCGAAUUCAUUACCGACAGUGGUGCUUAUGCCGUUCUUGAUCCUCAUAACUAUGGAAGAUACUCUGGAAGUAUCAUUUCC